CCGGUGGCCGCGUGGGUUCUCCAGCAGCGUGUAAACUGAACGCCGUGUACGGAAUUCCAAAAGAACAAGAAAACGUUUAUUUAUUAGAUCUUUUGCUUGAAGAUGUCUUUUCGAGGAGGAGGAGGGAGAGGAGGCCGAGGAGGAGGAGGAGGAUUCGGUAGAGGAGGAAGAGGAGGAUUUGGAGGAAGAGGAGGGUUUGGAGGAAGAGGAGGUGGUAGAGGAGGAUUUAACAGACAGCAGGAUUAUGGUCCUCCGGAGUAUGUUGUUGCACUGGGGGAGUUCAUGCACCCGUGUGAAGACGACAUUGUGUGUAAGUGUGUGACGGAGGAAAACAAAGUGCCCUACUUCAACGCCCCCGUGUACCUGGAGAACAAGGAGCAGAUCGGCAAAGUCGACGAGAUCUUCGGCCAGCUCAGAGACUUCUAUUUUUCAGUCAAGCUGUCCGAAAACAUGAAGGCGUCGUCGUUCAAGAAAUUACAGAAGUUCUACGUCGACCCGGCGAAGCUUUUGCCCCUCCAGAGGUUCCUCCCGAGACCACCGGGUGAGAAAGGACCCCCUCGAGGAGGCAGAGGAGGAGGAGGACGAGGAGGUGGGUUCCGAGGGGGCCGAGGAGGUGGUGGUGGUCGCGGCGGUGGAUUCGGUGGAGGUAGAGGAGGAGGGUUCAGGGGAGGAAGAGGAGGAGGGUUCAGAGGAGGAAGAGGAGGAGGAGGAGGAGGAGGAGGUCGUGGAUUCAGAGGUGGAAGAUGAUGUAGAUCGGUGCACUGACUUUACUCCUGCCUCAGAGGAAACGUUCACACCGGACAAUCGGCUUCCUCGCUCUUCCAACCGCUCUUCUUUCUGGCGCAGCCUCAAGUUUUUUUAUUAUUAUUAUUAUUUCCGUUUUAACGUGUGUAUUUUCAGCGUGGUUGAAUAUCGUGUUGACCUCGGUAUGUUUCUUUUGUGCCGGUUGAAUCAGGAAUCAGUGACACGAUUAUUAUCACACCUUUUUUUUAUCUCUAACGUGAAAACAUUCAUAGUUUUGUUACUGCAGAGAUAUGAAUGGAUCCGACUUGUACAAUAGCAGAGCUAGCAUGCUAGUGCUAAAUAAAUCCUAUCGUGUUUGUACAUA